AUGGAUAAAUCCAAUGGGGUAGAAAAGACAGAGGAAUCUUUGAAUAGUGGUAAAGCUGGACUGGUACAUCCAUCAGUAGGUGGUGAAAAUAUAGUUCUAGUUUGGUUGGAUACGGCGAUUGAUGAGAAGAGUGUUGAUUAUGUCAACACUAUGAAACAAUUCAAGUGUAUCGCUGAUGAUGUGAAAACGUUCACUAAAGAUGAACCGUGUAUUCAAUUUAUGCAAAAUGCUACGAAUAGUAGGAUCUGCCUGAUCACAUCCGAUUCGUUUGGUCAACGAAUUUUACCUUAUAUUCAUGGUAUGUCUCAAGUGGAUACAAUUUUAAUAUUCAGUCACAACAAACAAUUGUACGAGGAAUGGACGAAGAAAUAUGCGAAAUUUAAGGGUGUUUUCUCCGAAUUGUCAUCCAUAUGUGAAGCAUUACAAGCCGCAGUUCAACAAUGCGGACAAUAUUUAAUACCGAUUAGUAUAUUCAAUGAAGACGUUGCUGUUGGGCCAGAGACAAUUUUCAAUCGAAUAGAUUCAUCUUUCAUUCACAUUCAAGUACUUAAAGAAGUGUUAUCAACCAUUGACUUCGGUGAACUUCAUCUGGAAGAAUUCGUUAAUCAUUGCCUUGAUUUAUAUGCUGAAAAUACCGACGAGCUAGAAAACGUCCAUCAAUUUCACCGAGAUUAUUAUAGUAAACGAGCAAUAUGGUGGUAUACUCAGGAAUCGUUCCUAUAUAGAAUGCUUCAUCGUGCGCUGCGAUCAUUGGAUGCAAGUACAAUUGUUCGUUUGGGUUUUUUCAUCGAUGAUUUGUCUCGUGAUAUUCAACGUUUACAUUCCGAACAAUCGGAGAAUCCAGAUUCUGAUCAAAAGACCAUUAUUCUGUACCGUGGACACGGCCUCUCGAUCGGAAAUUUUGAUCGAUUGAGUAAACUGAGAGACGGUUAUAUUUCAUUUAACGAUUUCUUACUCACAAGUAAAAACCGUGAAACUGCUUUUGAUUUUGUACAACAAACUGCGGCAAAUCCCGAUUUCGUGGCGAUUCUGUUUGUAAUGACGGNCUGA